CCACAAUUAGCGUCAUCCACACGAACCGUCGACGAAAUUAUGUUGGAAGAGUGGGAAUGCUUCGGGUUUAGGGCUUUACAGAGAAGAAUUGUGUUGCGAGGGUGAGAGAGAUUUAGAGAUUGCGAGGAGGGAUUCUAGUGGGUGCUUGAAUUAACGAAGAAAAUUCCGCUGCAGGAUGCGGUAAUAGUGCAGAGAACGAAAUUUUCUUGCGCAGGGCGUGUUUGCGGUGGUAGAAUUAUUUUCUCUUGCGAUGUCUACGUUGGUGAUUGCUCCUUGCCUGGCCAAUUGGAGGACUGUAUGUUCUCAUCUGCAGCAGCAGCCUACAGGGUUGGGUUUGCGAAGCGCAUUACCGCAACAGUUGGGGAUUCGCGCAAUUCCUCUUGGAAGUAGUCCAUCGAGUUCAAGGCGAGGGUCUGUGAGAGGUUCAAAGUUGUCUCAGAGGAGUUUACAGGCAGGACCUCGAGCUGAUUCUGAAAGGGAAGAAAGACCUAACGUAUCAGAAGGGAGCGUGAGAAGAGGGCUCGAUGAACUGGACAAUCAGCUGCGUACACUUUCUACCUCCGACAGACGUAUCUCCGAUGCAAGAGAAGCAAGAAAAGGGGAUGAGAAGAAACUGGCGCCGGAAGAAGGGAAGAAAUUAGACUGGCCCGAGUUUGGAGAUGGAUUUGCGUUGUAUAUUGGCAUAGGCUUGAUACUCAUAACGGUUCUAAACAACAUAUUAUUCAGAGUUUUUUUAGGUCCUCCCGUUAGACCGCCACAGUCUCAAGGACCUGAAGUAGGAUCUGAAGUCCCUGAAGCGACUCAAGGACGUCGAGAGCGGUAUAAGUUGCGCAGUUAUAACGAUCCCAAGUACUUUACAAAUGCACCUCCAAUGAGCGAUCAACCUACAUUCUGAAUAUAAAUUAUAUUUCUUCAUUAAAAGCUGACGUUGACGUAGUGGGGCGGCGAUUGUUUGAUCUCCAAGAUUACCACUUCAGUUCUCCAAUUUAGACUGGAGUCUGUCUCUUAGUACUAAAUUUGAAUUCUAGUCUGGUUGUGAACUUGAUGAACUGGUUUAUUUUAGAAAUUUAAACUGAAAUUUUUGUCGUCAAUGUUGUGGUAUUUUCUGGUGUUGGUUUCAGGCUAGGUCGGUAGAGUUCUGCAGAAUAGCAUUUUUCAGGGUUUGCAGAGGUGUUCUGUGAUCACUCCACCCUUCUUUUUCACCUUCUCUCUACUGGGGUUUCUAUUAGUCUUAUCUUCUCCUUGAGCUUUUGCGAUCAUAUAUAUAGCUCUGGAUUGUAUUUCACGGGCGCGUUGUUCUGGUUCUGUGCUUAUGUCGAUGUGAAUCGUAUUCAGGGCCGUGGACGUCCUAGCCAGUCAACAAGUGUUAAGGUUUGCAAAAAUUUCGUGAAGACAUCAUGGCUGGCUCCUUAAGCUCACCAGAGUCGUCUAUACAAAGCGAGCAGAAUGUUGAUGCUGAAUACCAAGAAAACACGAACAGAGAUGAAGUCAUUAUGCAGAACGAUCAGAAGGAUCAAUUUGAUCAAUACAGCACAGAUUUACCAAUUGCUGACAAUUGCAAUGCGGAAUGUUCUUCUCCACAUGUGGUGGGUGUUGCUUCCAGCAGCACAGAUUAUUCAGCUCAAACUGCGGAAUCUUGCCACGAUGGGCCAGUUCAAGAAAAUCAAGUUGCUGGAAGUAGACGUGAUGAAACCCAGCUAUGCCAAAACGGUCCAAGGUUUUCUCAAUAUAUGUCCGCUCCGAUGUGUGAAAUUGACCAUCAGUGCCGAUCUGUGCCAACAAUUGGUUGUCACGGACUUCCACUUAGACCGUGGGCAAAAGAAUGUCACAAGUGGCAAGGGCUUGAUUGUGCCGAAGGAGAGGUUCCAGUGUGCCCCUAUGGACCUGAUUGUAAAUUCCAUCAUUCUUGGCCACCCAAGAGAUCGUCAAGUAACGAUUCUGCUGCUUAAAUUGGUGACUGCUCUCCCAUGAGUGUGGGAAUACAACCAAGGUUACAGAUGUUUUCACGUCAAACUACCGUUUGACCAAAACAAUUGUACAUGUAGCUCAUACAUAGUGAUCCGAGGUUUAUGUUGUAAAAAUACUUUACUUGUUCCAGUUUCAAUUUGUUCUAAUGGAGGGGAUAGUGGAAUUAGUGAUGAUAGAAAUGUGUAAGGGAAUUUUGUUUCUCAGGAACCAUCGGUCCUUGAUAAUCUGCUGCAGCAUUUGAACUUUAGCCUUAUGCCACUCUCCUAAUAACUCAUUGUUAACAGUGGGUGUUACUAGUCAUGACAUGUGGUUGCCGCAUUAAUCCAAGAUUUUCGAUUGUGAGUA